CUCCACCGCAGACUCACAGUUCUUCGUCGGUAGCGGAUGAAGCAACUUCCAGCGAAUCAUUUGUUGCAAGUUCACUUUUUGCUUGGGUCGCAUUCAGACCUUGCGAAACAGAUCUAGGGUCAAUUGGAUUACAUUUAAAAGAAGCAGAUAGGAAAGUGCCAUUUUCUGCUUUUGAAACAUCGAACGCGCUCUCGCCAGGGUGGUCUUGUCUUCGUAUGACACGACCACUGUGGCAGGUUUCUUCAGGAGGGUCAGUGUCAAACACAGAAGUCGUGGACUAUAAAAACGAUGCCAUUUGACAACGUGAAUCAUCUACUUGACUUCUAAACUUGUUGCAUAUGCUCCAGAAAACCUCCGAGUGCGCGUUUCGGAUACCUAUUUGUGCGUAACGACGGAAGAGCUAUUCAAAUUGGACUAUUACUGAUGAUCUUUGUGUAAAAACCUACAUUUUUUUGCAUCAAAAUCCAUUUAUGAGGAGAUGUUCUAUCUGCGCGCGGCGGAUUUGUGAGCGCAAAACCUGCUUCAGUCGCACCGGGUCGCGCACAUUGGGUCAGCAUGGCAGCCGGAGUCGCCGCGUGGCUACCGUUCGCGCGCGCCGCGGCCAUAGGAUGGAUGCCCGUGGCGAGCGCCCCGAUGCCGCCGCCUCCACGGGAGAAGAGGCGAGGUCAGGACGGUUUGAUCAUCUUGAACGUCAGCGGCACUAGGUUUCAAACUUGGCGGAAUACUUUGGAGAGGUACCCCGACACCUUACUGGGAAGCACAGAGCGCGAUUUCUUUUUCCACGAGGAGACCAACGAGUACUUUUUCGACCGCGACCCGGACAUUUUUAGGCACAUUCUCAACUUCUACAGAACCGGGAAGCUGCACUACCCUCGCCACGAGUGCAUCUCCGCCUAUGACGAGGAGCUGGCCUUCUUCGGCAUCAUUCCUGAGAUAAUAGGGGACUGCUGUUAUGAGGAGUACAAAGAUCGCAGGAGGGAAAACGCGGAGAGGAUUCAAGACGAUGAGGAGAACGAAAACAGCAAAGAUAUGGUGCUCCCGGAAAUGUCGUUCCGCGAGACCAUGUGGCGCGCGUUUGAGAACCCGCACACCAGCACCAUGGCGCUGGUGUUUUAUUACGUCACAGGCUUUUUCAUCGCCGUCUCCGUUAUGGCCAACGUGGUGGAGACGGUCCCGUGCGGCAGCGGGCCAAACCGGGCGAAGGAGGUCUCGUGCGGAGAGCGCUACGCCCUCGCAUUCUUCUGUUUGGAUACGGCCUGCGUUAUGAUCUUCACCGUCGAGUACCUGCUGCGUCUGAUCGCCGCGCCCAGCAGGUACAAGUUCGUCAAAAGCGUCAUGAGCAUCAUUGACGUGGUGGCCAUCAUGCCUUACUACAUCGGCCUGGUCAUGACGGACAACGAGGACGUGAGCGGGGCCUUCGUUACCCUUAGGGUCUUCAGGGUCUUUCGGAUUUUCAAAUUUUCGCGGCACUCCGCGGGACUGCGCAUACUGGGGUACACGCUCAAGAGCUGCGCGUCAGAGCUGGGCUUCCUGCUCUUCUCUCUCACCAUGGCCAUCAUCAUCUUCGCCACCGUUAUGUUCUACGCAGAGAAGGGCUCCUCCGCCAGCAAGUUCACCAGCAUUCCGGCGGCGUUCUGGUACACCAUCGUCACCAUGACAACGCUGGGAUAUGGAGAUAUGGUUCCUAAGACCAUCAUAGGGAAGGUCUUUGGCUCUAUUUGUUCUCUGAGUGGCGUGUUGGUGAUCGCUCUUCCCGUCCCCGUCAUUGUGUCCAAUUUCAGUCGGAUCUACCAUCAAAGUCAGCGUGCAGAGAAGCGACGUGCCCAAAAGAAAACCAGGCUUGCUAGAAUUCGUGCGACGAAGAGCGGUGGCGCUAAUGCUUAUUUGCAGUACAAACGCAAUGGGAUGCUGGCAGAAGCGGAGGAGGAGGCAUCAAAACAGGCCGGCCAAGCUUUGGUAUGUAAGUCCAACCCCACUUUUGAGACCCAGCAUCACCAUCUUCUGCACUGCUUGGAGAAAACCACGAAUCAUGAGUUUGUAGAUGAGCAAACUUAUGAGACAAGCUGUAUGGAGGUUUCCCUAUCGAAGCCGUCCAUGUCCCGUUCCUCCUCGCUGUCCUCCUCUCCACAUGGCCUGUCCUCCUGCUGCACACGCAGAAACAAGCGCAAGAGCUUCAAUGUCCCUAAUUCCAACAUGGUUGCUGGUCGCAGGGGCAGCAUACAAGAGCUCAGCACCAUCCAGAUCAGAGAGAGACCAAUGAGCAACAGCCGCUCCAGUCUCAAUGCCAAGUUUGAGGAGACAGUUCCCCUGAAUUCGGAAGACCAGUCCUACAUCACUGCCGCUGUCAUCAGCAUGCCCACACCUCCGAUGACCACACCUGAGGGCGAAAACUCGGCCAGCUCGCCCGACUUCUUGCAAAGCAACAUUGUCAGGGUGUCUGCAUUAUAGACCUUCCACCGUGACCAUUAGCCAUUUUAUUUAGCGAGUGGACGCUGGAGCAGAAAGGAUCGACGGAGCCCCCUAGUGUAGUGGAGGAGGCAUUACAGCAGGAUGGGCUAUAGCUGGACCUUUUUUUUUUUUUUUAGCAGCUCCCGCCCAGAGAUCUCAGUCUCUGUGAGCUCCUUCAGCUCCACCUCUAGGCCCAUAAGUCAUGUGACUCACACCGGGGUCCAAUAGGCUUUCACUCAACUCAUAGAGGAAAACAAUGACCAUUGUGGUUGUUACAGCUUCUAUAAUUUUUCAGUAUUGUGAGUCUUUGAAUCUGUUGUCUUCAAUCUGACGGGAUUUCCAGAUUUUGGGACAAAUAAGGAGUGUACCAGCAGGGGCGGGAUUUUACAAACUUUUACACAGCUAUACACACACUUUUGAUACUUCAAAGUAAAGCUGGGCUCUACUAGAGUGUGCGGUCGGAUGGUUUUGUGUGUGUGUGUGAUCGAAACCGGUCUCUUGCAUGUUUUGAGUAAGUCUUUGUCAUUUUUCAAUUCGGCAUGAGCAAUAAGGAUUGGCUCGUUCUGUCAGAAUGUGUGCUUUUUACUUUUGCCUAGUUAUAGCUCUGUCCAACCCAACAAGUGUGUGAAAACAGCAGUUAUGAGAGACUGACCUAUUGAUAAAGGUUAGAAAUUGAGAAAAAAACCUGUCUAACACUCUCUCUGUCCCACCCAUGUUGCGUUCACUCCUUGCCUGGCCUGAUGAGAUGUUUGUUAUCCUUUUUCUUUUUUUUUUCUUUUUUGUCGGCAAAAAGCUAAAUAGAAAAGAGAACGCCUCUUGUGUUUUAAUAUAUUUGACUUUCUCAAACUGACAUUGGAGGCUUGUGGACUUGAGCUCUAACACUAGCCAUUCUGUUUUAUACUCCAAAGUUUGCGAGUUAACUGUGAAAAGAAAAAAUAACGUGCUUAUUUAUUAUCUUUGUUAAAAUGAUUGUGCAUGUUGUCGUACACAUGGUGAAACGGGCCAGUGUUGACCAGAGCAUAGAGCCCGCCCAGGACAUUUUUUUCAAGUUCUGUCUUUUUCGUCCCUCCCUUUAAAGAUGUACUUUUAUCAGCAAACAUUCUAAAGUUUGUCUAUUAUUUCUGGAUAAUGGCAUCAAGUUGAGAGUCAUCCAGUCAGAUUCUCAGUACUGUUUUGGAGAUUAUUAUAGCACUUAACAGAUUCUUAGUACUGUUUUGGAGAUUAUUAUAUCACUUAAAACGUGAAUCUCACAAAGUAACAUUCAGGUUUAUUUCACUCCCAAAUCAAAAGAGAAUAAAUUACACUUUGCUUGUUUUUAAAAUAACAUUUUAGUGAUAAUUAAGCACACUCCACUCCAUGCAAAUUCUCAUUACCAUAUUUUUUUUUUUUGUAUUCUCAUUCUCAAUGGUGAUUUUUGUUACUGUAAUACAGUAUUUUAAAAGCAAAUAUAUCAUGCUUCAGAAUUAUUGUAAAAAUACUGUACUUACAAUUGUAUUUUGGCAUUACAGUAAUUGUAAUUUGACAAUUGUAAAGAUAGUUUUGGGGGUGUCGUGGUUAAUUGUCAUGAAAAUCUGUUUAGACUUUAUGUAAGCAAAAUAUAAUUUCUUUUGAUUUUGGACAGAAAUAUGUCAGUGAGAUUCUUCCAAAAUGUAUUAUUAUAAUCCAAAAGUGUUGAGAGAAAAAAAUAUAUAAUAAAAAAAUCUCUGCACAAGAAAAAAAUUAAUCUCUCUUCUCUGCCAUUUAACCUCUGGAAUUAACAAGAAAAUAGUCUAUAAUGUUGAUAUUUUUUAUACUGAUGUCAGUGCAAUUUGUGGUGAGGAGCUCUUAAUGCGCCUUGCUGAAUACACACACACACACACACAGACACACACACACACACACACACCACUGCCCUCCUGCUCAAUGCCUGCACCCAUUCUUGCUUUACCAUGUGACUUAUGCAACAAGAUUCUUUUUGUAAAGAUAUGCUUUGUAUUAAAAGGGUUAACUGGGGAAUAGAAUCUAACAAAUGCAUAUUUUUAAAACUCAAAUGGUGUUGAUUAUAUAUUAUAAAUGUAUUUCAGUUGUAAAAUAUAAAAAAGAAAAGAUGUAAACAGAAAACUAUGAGAGAUAGUUGCUAGUGCACCUGUGCUGUAAAUUUGUUCUUCGGUGUAGUGAAAUUUAUUAGAGUUUUUUAUUUUCUCCUAAUUUCAAUGGACAGAAAAUUAAAUGUCUCACUUUCUAAAUCAACAACCGCAAAGGCUGGACCAUCUGUUUAGGUUUGGAGAUUUUACUUUAUUUUUUCCUGUUUGGAGGACAGAGUGUAUGCGCUCACAGACUCUCAGAGAACUUUUUCUUCUUCUUCUUUUUUUCGGGAUCGACAAGGGACUUUUAAAGCAGACUCCCUGUUUGUGAUAUAAUGUACAUUUAAAUGAUUACCAGGUGACGACGGUCCUUUGGAAUUUGUUACAGCUUGUGUUAUGGACAUUAAAAUAUUUGAACUGUUGAUAAACAAUGAAAAAAAAUACAAACCAGUUGUUUAGUCCGGUGCAGUGUCUAUGAAUAAAUAGAAUUAAUUCAUUGUCCUAUUAAAAACCAGAUUAAAAGA